AUGGCAUGGUUCAACUCAUUAGCACGCUCGGGCACUUUGGCCCUGGCCCUAGCUUCUCACUGCCGCGCUGUGCCCCUUGUCUCAGAGCCUGAGACAACAGUCACCUCCGAUCCGGCGGCGACAGCUUGUGACGUCCCAGUCACAGAUGUGACUUCCCAUGGAUCAUACACGGGACCGCCCCCAACAACGACAGGAGCCCUCUCAACAGACGUCCUUUCUCCUACCAUCCCAUCUUUGCCUCCUGAGCAGUACAAGUUGGAAUAUCCCGCCGACGGCAAGCUGCAUGCCCCUGAGCCAGCGCCGUACACGCCAGCCGGCGGGCUGGGCACCAACGGCACUGAGCCCGUAUAUCGUGUGCAGAGUGACUUCGACUAUGAGUCCAUCGCCUUGGCGCUGUACCAAGAGUGGAUCGAGUUGGACCUCUUCCAUUACGGGCUGGCCACUUAUCCAGUCGAGGAGUUUGAGAAACUCGGUUUGACGGCUGAGGACCGAUAUCUACUACAAUUCAUGGCCGAGCAGGAGGUUGGGCACGCGACCGUCCUUACCAAUAUACUAGGCCCUCAAGCCCCCGUGCAGUGCACUUACAACUACCCGUCGAUGAAUCUGCAGGAAUACGUCGACUUCUCCCAGAAGCUGACCCGAUGGGGCGAGUCUGGCGUAUACGGAUUCCUUAAUCACCUCGACUCGCGUGAAUCCGCCCAGCUGCUUCUGCAGUCCAUCUCAACAGAGGCUCGGCAGCAAUUGAUAUUCCGACAGUUCGAAGGCUUGUUUCCGAUGCCCGUAUGGUUCGAGAUUGGAGUUCCCCAAUCGUGGGCCUGGACUCUCCUGGCACCCUAUAUCUCGUCGUGCCCAGCGGACCAGACUCGUCUGAUCUGGCAGAACUUCCCAGCCUUACACGUCAUCAACCAGCCCAACCCGGCGCGCAUCAAUGGCGCGGACGUGUGGAAUGAGACGCUCGGCGACUACGCCAACACUCUAAGCACGGCGGAUCUCACAGACUCCGACGCCUGCCUCAACUCGACCGUUGUAGGCGAGAACUGCAGGGCAGCUAUCUCGCGCAACAGGACCAUCCCGCUCUCGUAUCCCGGACGUCAAGUGUUCCUCGAAUGGGACGCGCCAGGCCAAGCCGUCGGCCCCAACAACAGCUACGUGACGUCCACGUCCGCCGGGCCGCCCCAGUUCGCCGCCUGGGUCUCCCAGCUCAACGUCACAUACUCGCCGCUGCAAAACAUCAGCGGGAACACGGCCUACACGAUACAGCCCAACAUGUCGACGUACGAGGGCGACCCAGCCAUCAACGGCACCAUGUUCCUGGUCCUCACCGACCGCGAGCUACCCGUGACCCCAUUCAACUUGACCAUGCUGAACCCCUUCGUCAACGCCGUGACGAUCUACCAGGCUGGUUAA